AUGACGUCGCGUGCUGAUGACGUGAUGGCCAGGCACCACCCGGAUCUGAUCUUCUGCCGCAAGCAGGCAGGCGUGGCUAUUGGAAGACUGUGUGAAAAAUGUGAUGGCAAAUGCGUGAUCUGUGACUCGUACGUGCGGCCCUGUACACUUGUCCGCAUCUGUGAUGAGUGCAAUUAUGGCUCAUACCAAGGGCGCUGUGUGAUCUGCGGGGGCCCUGGGGUUUCCGAUGCCUACUACUGCAAGGAGUGCACUAUCCAGGAGAAGGAUCGGGAUGGCUGCCCUAAGAUCGUCAAUCUGGGUAGUUCCAAGACAGAUCUCUUUUAUGAACGCAAGAAAUAUGGCUUCAAGAAGAGGUGACCCUACCAGCAUCCUACUGUGUCUACUGUAGGGUUGGGGAGGGAGUCUUAAAAGCAUCUGUUGACUUCACUGUUACUGAGAACCAGUUAAUUCUUAUGCUAAGGCCUUGUGGAUUAAAUUGUGUGAGGGGUGAGAGGAGAAGGAUCAAACUGAGUGGGGGCUGGAACCUUAUCGUAGCUGCUGGCAGCAACGGUCUGGUGACUGUCUCUUGCCUUAUUUUGAGCAUGGACAAUAUCUACUACACCUGUCUGCAGAAAGGCUGGUGGAGAACGCUUAUGCCAUGAGCGUCAGCUACAUAUUGAGAGGGCAUCACUCUUGUACACCUCGCUCCCUUUCUGGCAUUGAAGAGUCACCAGCCUUUCUCCUUUCUGUGCCUCCCACCCCCCUCAGUUGGUAGCAUUGUUCUUCUUCUGCCCCCAUCACUCCAGUAUGCUGAGGAACAAGUUUUAUGUGAGUAACCUCCGCCCUGACUCCACGAUGCACUGCUUUGUAGGAAACCAGCCUUCCUGGCUGCUAGCCUGCUAGUAAGAGCACAGUGGAUACAGGUUGUGUUUUCUCAGGCAGAUUAAUCCAAGGCCCUUUCUGUAACUGGUUCUGCAGAGUGUGCAUCAAUAAAGAGCUGUUUUGUCAUAAAAA